AUCUGAGGUCAUGUAGGCAUUCUUCGUUGUUCACAUAGAAUUUUCGAUAUUCGUUGAUUCAAUUCCACGCUGCGUGAUCGUUGAGCCGUUAAUUCCCUGUGCUGUGUUCACUGUUGCAGCAGCCUGUCCCGAGACUUCGGGACCUACGCUCGCCCAUUCGGCAGGCUUUGGCCGAAACGGCCGAGCGCUCAAUCAAUCCUGGAAUUUUUUUCGUCAAACAUUUGGCAUGUCAAGCUGCGUCCCACUAUGAUGCGUCUGAGACAAUGACGAAGAACUGGGCAUCGACACUGAGGCUGCCCAAAUCGACAUUCCCGCCGCGCCCUCUGCCCGAAAAGCAGGAACAGUAUAUCCAACGAUGCGCCGAUGAAUUCUACAAAUGGCAGGCCGUUAACCGGCCUGCCGAUGACGAGUUCGUCCUGCACGAUGGGCCUCCGUACGCCAAUGGCAGCCUGCAUGCCGGCCACGCCCUGAAUAAGAUUCUCAAGGACAUUGUUCUUCGCGUCAAGGUCCAGCAAGGUCGCCGUGUGUCUUACAUACCGGGAUGGGACUGUCAUGGCCUGCCGAUUGAGCUCAAGGCCGUCGGGGCCGCCGAGGGCAAGCGGAUGUCGCCGGGCGCCACCCGCAGGGCGGCGCGCAAUCUCGCCUCGAAGACGGUGUUGGAGCAGAUGAAGAGUUUCCGAACGUACGCUGUCAUGGGAGACUGGGAGGCGGCAUGGAAGACUAUGGACAUGGCCUACGAGAUCAGGCAGCUGCGCCUGUUCCAGAAGAUGGCGCGUCGUGGCCUGGUCUACCGAAAGUAUAAGCCCGUGUACUGGUCACCGUCAUCUGGCACCGCUCUGGCCGAGGCUGAGCUGGAGUACAACGAGAAUCAUAUCUCCCAAGCUGCUUAUGUCAGGUUCCCCAUUGUCGGGGAUUACGGGCAUCUGCCCGGCUUGGAGGGUUUCGGAGGCAAGCUGUAUGCUGUUAUCUGGACCACAACACCAUGGACGCUCCCAGCGAAUAGGGCCAUCGCUGUGCACGAGGGUUUCACCUACCACAUUGUCCGUUCCGGGCCGGAUGCGGUCUUGGUCGCCGAGAAUUGCCUAGAGCGUGUUGCGAAGGUGCUGUUUAGAGACGGUUCAGCGCCAGAGAUUUUGAGCACAAUCAACGGUAGCCAACUUACGCAGCUCAAGUACGUCAACAUGCUACGUGGUAAGUCCGCACACCCACAGCCAAUCAUCCAUGGCUCGUUUGUCACGGAGGGCUCUGGAAGUGGACUCGUUCAUUGCGCCCCGGGCCACGGCUUCGAUGACUACCUGGCCUGCUUAUCGCUAGGAAUCCCGGUGUCUGCACCCGUAGACGACGAUGGCUUUUUCACCGAAGAGGCGUUCCCGGACGAACCUAGCCGGCUUAAGGGCAUCUCGGUUAUGGCUGGUGGCAAUGUAGCUGUUAUGGACUUGCUUGGAAACGACGUGCUGGAUGUCCAUGAUUACCGCCACAAGUACCCCUACGAUUGGAGAACCAAGCAACCCGUUAUAAUCCGGGCCACAGCUCAGUGGUUUGCCGAUGUGGAUACGAUCAAGGACCAAACUCUGGCGGCACUUGAGGAAGUGCGCUUCGUGCCAGAGACCGGGCGCAAGAGGCUCGAGGCCUUCGUCAUGGGCCGUAGCGAAUGGUGCAUCUCGCGACAGCGCGUUUGGGGCGUGCCGAUACCGGCGCUGUAUGAACCGAACGGCAAUGCCGUCAUGACGGACGAGGUAAUCGAUCACAUCAUCUCAGUCAUCCAGGAAAAAGGGAUGGAUGCUUGGUGGACUGAUGCUCCUGACGACGCGGCGUGGAUUCCUGCUUCAAUCCGGGGGAAGGCUGAGUACUCGCGGGGCCGCGACACGAUGGACGUUUGGUUUGACAGUGGGAGUAGUUGGACCAUGAUGGACAAACAGGCGGACCUAUACCUUGAAGGCUCGGACCAGCACCGUGGUUGGUUCCAGUCCAGUCUUCUCACGCGAGUGGCAGCCAUGGCUGACCGGGGCACAAACUCUACCACAAACACACUCGGCCUAUCUCCGUUCAAGACGCUCAUUACACACGGCUUUACGCUGGACAAGGACGGGAAGAAGAUGUCCAAGUCGCUGGGUAAUAUCAUCUCAGCGGACGAUGUCAUGGACGGCUCGCUGUUGCCGCCUCUCAAGACCAAGAAGAAGGGAAGCGCACCAGUGGUCAAGGACGCGCUCGGCCCUGACGCCUUGCGCCUCUGGGUAGCCAGCAGUGACUACACGCGCGACAUUGUCCUCGGCGAGCCGGUGCUCAAGACUAUUCACCAGGCCCUUGUCAAGUACCGCACAAUCAUCAAAAUGCUCACGGGCUCCAUGCACGAGUCUGCCCGGACAGCCCCGCUGACGGCCGUUGACCAGAUGGCUAUCAUCCAGUUGAAGGACGUCAUGGCGGAGGUUGGCAAGCAUUAUGACAAUUACGAGUUCAACAAGGCGUUUAGCAGCCUGAAUCGGUGGAUCACCAACGACCUGUCGGCUUUUUACCUCGAGGCACUCAAAGAUCGCCUGUACUGCGGAGACGGUGGUGGCGUGCUGGAGCCUAUUUUGGUAGGCUUUCUCAGGAUGCUGGCGCCCAUCACGCCGGUACUUGUGGAGGAGGCCUGGGAACAUUUGCCUGGCUGGCUGAAGGGGGAUGAGGCGUUGGUCCACCCGCUUCGACAGCUGUAUAACGCACCCGUAAUUGACCCCAGCCGUCUCACGCUCGACGAGUCCGAGCUCAGGGAGCAUAUGCCCGUGUUGAUGCGCACCGGUGCAGCGAUCAAGGCGGCCUCUGAGCUCGCGCGGGCAGACAAGAAGCUAGGUUCGUCGCUGCAGUGCGAUGUGGUGCUUGACUUGCCUCAGGGCAAGGUGCUCACGACUCUGGAAAAGUACAAGGACGAGCUAGAGGCCAUGUUCGUGGUCUCAUCGGUUGAGCUUAAUGGAAGUUUCCCGGAGGCCGAAUGGAGCUACUCCGAGGAGUUCGAUCUGGAUGGCGCCCAAUGCAAGGCCUGGGUGCUGUCGCCCAGGAAAGCCAAAUGUCCCCGGUGUUGGCGCUAUGUCGCACCCAAGGAAGACCAGCUCUGUGGACGAUGCGAAGAUGUUGUGGGCAGCUCUGUAGACUAGAUGUACGAAUUGUAUUUGUAUGAUACACUUAUAUACUGUGCUAUGCAAAACGGGCUUGA